CAAUGGCGUGUUGCUUGACAAUCUUUUCUCGUAGAUUUGUUUGACGGCAACCGACAACAGUAACAUUUAAAGUUGCUGUAUUCUUUUUCUGAGAACAUUAAAAUCUUAUUGUACCAUAAUUUGUAAAGAUGAACACCAGCAGGAUGGAUGAAGAUAAAGUAGAACGUUUACGCGAGCGUCUGCUGCAGUGUCCUGUUUGCAUGGAUGAAUAUCGAGAUCCACGACUACUUCCUUGCCAUCACACCAUGUGUAGUGAGUGCAUCAAUAAUUUGCUGGUCAACUCACCGUCAGGCCGCUUUUUUCGCUGUCCACAAUGUCGAAGGGAUGUAUGUGUGCCUAGGGCCGGAAUAGCUGAACUCCCGGUUAAUUUCUUUGUACGAAGCUUGCAAGACGAGCUUGGAAUGGAGGAGGACGCAUCUGGUCCUUGUCAGGUGUGUCACAGAGGCUCUAUAGUCUCCCAGUUUCACUGUAUGGACUGUGAUCUUGAUAUUUGUCGCUUUUGCAUACACGAGCAUCGUCUGAUACAACAUAAAGAUUCAAAUAAAGUAAGUAUAUUACGAAUGGAAGCACAUAACGGUGGUGGUCCUAUGUCAGGAGCAUCCAAUCGCAAAUGUAAAUUUCAUACAGAAGAAGUAGUACAACUGUUCUGUGAAACCUGCAACCAGCCUGUCUGUGUGAGUUGCAGCUGUGGUGAACACAAAAAACACAUUGUACUUCCACUGGCAAAGAAGUUGCACAGUGCUCAAAAUGAUUUGCAACAAACCUUGGAGCAACUGACUAAGGAACGACGAAGGGUUAGGUUCUCAAUGAGGCAGCUAGAUGGAGCAGAGAUUGAAGCCCGAGAUAACACCCAGCGAACCCUUCACCAGAUUGAAUAUCGUGUCAAGGAGCUUCACAGACUGGUUAACACAAUGGCAGAGGCUGUUGUAGAGAAGGUUAAGCAUGAAGAACACAUGCAGCUGACAGCCUUGGCAUCUAGAAGGGAGCGACUGAGAGGUUUGGAUCAGCGUCUUGAUAUUGGCAUCAACUUUCUUCGUGGUCUUCAAGAGGGGGAUGUUUGCCUUGAACUUUUUGAUGCUUUCAAAAGCUUUUCAGCAGAAAUUGACAAUCUGCGAAAGAGUUCAUUAAGUUCAGGUGCUAUACCACUUUGUGAUCACCGAUUCCUCUUGGGUCAUCAUAAAAGCUUCAAUGGCUACAUGGCAGCAACAUUUGGCACCCUUGUGACCCACCAUACUUUUUUAUGUAUUGGUGGUACAAGAGCUCCAUGGAAGUGGCGAUUAAGACGGACAAUUGGAGUUAAGAAGAUUCUUACUGUGGUCUCUUUCUUGGCGAUGGUGUACACUAUUUUAGUCUUAUUAAGCCUAUGUGUGCACAAUCCAGUAGAUGCUGAAAGUAUUAUAGGACUUAUCUUUGUCUCUGUUAUUACAGUUGCUGCAUGUCUUGUUUAUUUUAAGACUUAAAAAAUCCCUGUUGCAUGAAUGGAUGUCAUUGGAUUCUGUUCUUAUUUUUAAUUGAUCGAAAUAUUUGUGCAUGUUGCUAAAAUGUUUUAAAAAUUCUGCCCUUCAAAUUUAAGUUUGAGACCUGUCGAAUUCAAACACCAUGUGGUAUAAACGAGAAUUUUCAAUGCAGUAAUAAUAAUAAUAAUGUAUUAAUAGGUUAUUUUUAUGAUGCAUUAUCCUUAGGUUUUAUGCACUUUUCCUAAAACCAUUACUUCUCAUUCUCGUGCUUGCACAUACAAAAGAACAAGCAUAAUACAACGUAACACAAUACAAAGACAAUGAAAAAAGUAUUUUGUUUAUAUAUAUAAUUAGAAACUGAUUAUGACCAAACACAUGAAAAUAUUAGUUUCAUUGGUGAUGGGUUUGGAGGUGUCUGAGGCUGCUGUGUGUUUCUGUUUGACAUAUCUGACCUCAGCUACAUAGGUUCCCUUGGUGAGGGUGCUGUGCCAGGAUGGGUGCUCAUGGGUAAGGGCCCAGUUGGCAGCAUCAAUACCAAGGUCUUUGGGGUGGCUUAGAGACUGUAUAGUGUUCUUUCUGCCCUCGAACAGUUAACUUGCAAUGGCAUCACUGAAGUGAAUUCAUGACUUGUGUUGGAGUAUUUUGAUGUCAGCUUCACUCUCUAGUGGGUCCAGUGGCAAGACAAGUCAAAAUGGCAGGAGAGUUGGGGGGGGGGGCAAGAUUAGGGUUUUAAGCUGAGCUAGCAACUAAGACUAUAUCAUGGCAGAGCAGCCUGGCCUGCAACCAGAUGCCACAAGCAGAGCAAGAUGGUUGGAGAUAGGUCAUGAUGCAGAGGAUGGCCACGGUGUGCACAUACACACAUAGGUAGUGUUUCAUCAGCAUAUUGUAGAACUGGUGUUCCUGGCUCAGAUGAUUCUUGGUAAUAUUUAGAUGUACAUAGGUUCAAGAAAUUGAACAUUAAAAAACAGGCUAUGAUGUUCCUGAAACACAAAAAUAGUGAGGAAUGUGUGCAUGUUUACAAAAUAAGCUAAAGCUCUUCUAAUGUUAUUUUACCAAUAUAUGUAAAUAUUGGUAAAAAUGUUUGCUUCAUCUAUAUAGCUAAGCAUUUAAUACUGUGCUAUUUCAUCAUGCCCAAGAUACUGUUGUGAUUAUAGAAAACAUUUUUCAGCUUAUAGACAUAUAUUGUGCUUUGCAGAAAUUUUUUUUUAAUUUUAUAUUUUUUCUAGUCAUUUGCAGAUGUUCACAUGGAUUUUAAUAUAAUAUUUAAGGCAUAGAACUGAAUGAUAAUGACCACUGAAAUUUUUGAAUAGUUCUAUCAUUCUGUAUACAUAUUUUUUGUUUUAUUAUAGAAUUUUAUAAUAGGCAACAUGUUUGAUGGACUGUACAGGAUAUCCAAAUAAAUGUCUAUACACUUUAAUAGCUGAUAGCUCAAUGUUUCUUUUCAGAUUUAACCCAUUGGAUUGGAAUUAAUAUUGGCAGCCAGACUAACCUUCGAACAAAGGAAAUUCCUCCUAAAAAUAAAUGCUGCUGGAAAUGUUAAAACACAGCUGUUGAAGUACAAAGACAGUUUCUUGAGAUUUUCAAUUCCAUUGUUUUGCCUUAUCGGCAGUGCCUGAACCAAAACAGACUUGAUGUCUGUAGAUUCUAUUACAUUUUAACCAUGAAAUGUAUGUUAAUAACACAUUGUCUUUGUAAUUAUUCAAAGUGUGUAUACAUGUUUUUGGGAAAGAAGGAAACCAUAACAAAUAGUGUACAUUUCAGCAGCUUUUUAUUUAUUUGCACAUGCUUGUGAUAUCAGUAAAUAAUGAUACAAAA